UUUCUUUCUUUUUUUUUUAUAUAUCUAUAAUAUAGUCUUCUUCAUUCAUUCAUCGUACAUAGAUCUCUCUCUCUUUCUCUUUUCUACUACAAGUAAAAGCCAUUUAUACUUAAUAUUGAAAAUGUCACAAACACAAAGCGAUGAAGAAGAUGCCGGUUUCUUGAAAAUUUCUAAGUUAGAGGAAACUGGAAUUUCAGCAACUGAUAUCAAGAAGUUAAAAGAGGGAGGUUUUUAUACAGUUGAGUCUGUUGCUUAUGCACCCAAGAAAGCAUUACUUGCAAUUAAAGGCAUUUCGGAAACAAAGGCUGAUCGAUUACUUGCAGAAGCUGCUAAAAUUGUAAAUUUGGGCUUUACAACAGCUAUGGAUGUGCAUCAACGUCGACAGGAAAUUGUUACUAUUACUACGGGUUCUAGAGAACUCGAUCGGAUUUUAGGAGGUGGUAUUGAAACAGGAUCAAUUACAGAACUAUUUGGUGAAUUUAGAACGGGUAAAAGCCAAUUGUGUCAUAUGUUAGCAGUUACUGCGCAGUUACCAAUUAGUAUGGGAGGUGGACAAGGUAAAUGUCUUUUUAUUGAUACCGAAAGCACAUUUCGACCCAGCCGUAUUUUAUCAAUUGCGGAAAGAUUUUCUUUGAAUGGUGAAGAGACGCUUGAUAAUAUCGCCUAUGCAAGAGCCUACAACACAGAUCAUCAGACAUCACUUCUUGUUCAAGCAGCUGCUAUGAUGUCAGAAGCUCGAUUUUCUGUUUUGAUUGUUGAUUCAGCCAUGGCUUUGUAUCGUACAGAUUACGCUGGUCGUGGUGAAUUAGCAGCUCGUCAAAUUCAUUUAGCACAGUUUUUGCGACAAUUACAACGUUUAGCAGAUGAAUUUGGUGUGGCUGUUGUGAUUACGAACCAAGUAGUAGCUCAAGUUGAUGGCGGCGCAUCUAUGUUUAAUCCUGAUCCAAAGAAGCCUGCAGGUGGAAAUAUAAUUGCUCAUGCCUCAUGUACCCGAUUAUAUCUUCGUAAGGGGCGUGGUGAAAAUCGUAUAUGUAAAAUAUAUGAUUCACCUUCGUUACCUGAAAAUGAAUGCACUUUUGCUAUUUUAGAAGAUGGUAUUGGUGAUGCUACUGAGUAGUUUUUUUUUUUUCUAAUAGAGAGUUAAAUAUAUCACAUCUAUUAUUUUGUAUAUGUUUUUUUUUAUCUAUUUACUAUAUUUAUGUGUAUUUUUUUUUUCGAUUAUUUCCAACUUUUUUUUUUUCACCCUUUUAUCUUCUAUUU